AUGUGUUGUUUGACAGGUGGGACAUUAUAUUUUACGGAAUUACUUUCGUUAGUUGUGAUGAAUAUAUACACAUUCUAAGUCUAACAAAGAGUGGAUCUAGCACAAGGACUGCCUUCACGAUGUCAAUAUAAAGAAGGUCAGUUCCAAGACCAACGUUUAAUCAGAUUAAAAUAUCGCCUGGAAAAACUCUACUUGCGCCAUCCUAUGGAUACAUGGGGCAAGCGGCGGCUGGCCGUUAUAAGAGCGGCGCCGGCGCGCCUUGGGCGCUCAGACGCUGCGCGGCAUCCCUGCGGCCGCUGCUCCAACUGCCACAUGGCGCCCAGCCACCUCUGAGCCGGCCGAGUCCCGCGCAGCGCUCCGACCCCAGACCAGCCAGCAGCGGCCCGCAGCACACCGCAGCACACCGCGGCACACCGCAGCACACCGCGAGGCAGCCAUGGCCGACAAGAGCGAGAAGAACGGCGACGCCAAGAGGCGGCCCGGGGAGCUGACGCCCGAGGAGGAGGAGCAGCUGUACCGCGACCACCCGCUCACCGACGACACCACCUGCGGCUACGGCCCGCUGCGCUCCGCCUUCCUGCAGAAGUUCGCCAACAAGAAGGCCUUCGUCUUCCUGUACGGUAUCCUGGGAUGUGUCUAUUCGGCCACGUACUCUUACUACAAUGGCACCAUCACCACCAUCGAGAAGCGGUUCAAGAUCCCUAGCAAGACUAUUGGUUUCAUUUCCAUCGGCAACGACAUCAGCACGAUGCUGGUGUCGGCGGUGGUCACGUACUAUGCGGGCCGCGGCCACCGGCCGCGCUGGAUGACGCUCGGCCUGUACACCGUGGUGGCGUUCUGCCUGCUGAACGCGCUGCCGCACCUGCUGUACGGCGCCGGCCAGGACUCGCUGAUGCUGACGCGGGAGUACGGCGCCACCGCCAACCCCAACGAGACCAGCGAGCUCAUCGAGGAGGAGCGGCGCAAGGUACUGUGCCGGCCAGAGGGGGGCGUGCCGUGCGACAGCUCUGCCGGCAGCCUCGCGCCGCAGCUCAUCCUGUUCGGCGCCAACUUCAUAGCGGGCAUCGGCGGCUCGCUCUACUACACGCUGGGCACCUCCUACAUGGACGACAACAUCAAGAAGUCCAAGACGCCGGCGCUCAUCAGCCUAUCGUACUUCCUGCGGAUGCUGGGCCCGGCUAUCGGCUACUCGCUCGCCUCGCUGUGCCUCAAGUUCUUCAUCUCUCCCAGCCUGACGCCCACCAUCACGACCAAGGACCCGCGCUGGCUGGGCGCCUGGUGGAUAGGAUGGAUGGUUCUGGCGGUGAUGCUGUUCGUGAUGGCGACGGUGAUCGGGCUGUUCCCGAAGCAGCUGCCUCGCGCCGCCGUCCGGCGGAUGAUCGAGCAGGAGCGGCUGAGGGCCAAGGGCGACAAAGCGGCCCUGGCGGCAACCGAGAGCCCGCCCGAGAGGACCUCUCUGUCCGACAUGAUGAAGACCUUCAAGAGGCUGCUGAGGAACUCGACCCUCAUGUGCAACAACCUGGCGGGCAUCUUCUACUUCGUGGGCUACAGCCCCUACUGGAUCUUCAUGCCCAAGUACAUCGAGACGCAGUACCGGCAAUCGGCCAGCGUCUCCAGCCUGGUGACCGGUACGGUCGGGCUCGUCUUCUCGGCCGUGGGCAUCCUCACCUCGGGGCUGGUCAUCUCCAAGUUCCGGCCGCGCGCGCGCUACCUCGCCGGCUGGAACGUCAUCGUCGGCAUCAUCACCGUCGUGGGUAUGAUCUCCUACGUCUUCCUCGGCUGCGACGCUGGAGACGCCACCACCAGGUCGCUGCUGCAUUCCGGAGAGCUGUCCGAGGUGACGAAGUGCAACGCGGACUGCAACUGCGACUACGUGCCUUACGCCCCCGUCUGCACCGCCGACGGCCGCACCACGUUCAUAUCGGCGUGCCACGCCGGCUGCGGCAACUACUACAUCAACGACAACGGCACCAAGGUGUAUACCGAAUGCUCGUGCGUGUCGCGGGGUAACGUGAACGGCUCUUGGGUCAGCGGGGGCGGCGGCGAGGUGCUGGCGGGGUCGUGCCCCGUCGACUGCAUGCGGCCCUUCAUCACCUUCCUGGCCAUCGUCUGCCUGCUCAAGUUCGUCGGCUCCACCGGCCGGGCUUCCAACUUCCUCGUCUCUGUCAGAUGCGUGGACGAGAAGGACAAACCAGUUGCGAUGGGGUUCGGUCUCACCUUGAUGAGCCUUCUAGCAUUCGUACCAGCGCCCAUAUUCUUCGGCUACCUCCUAGAUUCCACGUGUCUGGUGUGGGGCAAGACAUGCGCCGGAACGGGCAACUGCUGGUUGUACAAUGGCGAAUCCCUGCGUUAUAUGCUCAACCUCACAUCCGCCGCUUUUGUGACCGUGGGCACUAUAUUUGAUGUUGGCGUCUGGUACUUCGUGAAGGACCUGAAGAUAUUUGACGAAGAAGUAAAGCCAAAAGAAGUGGAGGACGUUCAAGAGAAAAUAGUUCUGGAGGAGUGAUACUCUUGGAGACAGCGUACCUGAAAAAUAAACAAGCAAGACAUCGCUCUCGAUAAGUUCCCACCUUGAAGAAGCUUUCACGAAGCAGACACCCACACAGGCUUGAGUUUCUGCCCAGGUCGUGAGCAGCAUAACUGAGACUUUACAGUGUACCUCUGUGUUGCUUUUUUUGAAAUUCAUGUACAUAUUUGUAUUGUAAGACUUGUAAGCAAUAAUACCAAAGUGCCAAAUAUCUACUGCAAUGAAUCUGUACAAAUAGUUUUUGUAACAUAAUACAUUAGAAUCGUAUGUUACCGAAACCGUUUCCUUGCUGUAAUAUAACGGUUACGAGAUUUGUGAUACGAUUGUUGCGACUGUUUCGUAUUUAAUGUGGUACAAACAGUAAUGUCUGGGACCAUGUGCUGUUCUUAUUAUAUUUUUAUACAAGUGAGGCUACAAUAAACAGAUUUUCCUUAGAA